AAAUUCUAAACAGUACGUACACUGAAGGAGUCAUCUUUUGUGACGGCUCCAAAAAGUCCUAUUCAGUUGUAAGUAAUUAGUUGUUAGGGACUGCAGCAUCAAGUCCUGUUUAAUACUAUAACAGUUUUAAAAUGGGUCUCACCUGGAAGGUGGUGUUAAUGCUUGGAGUGUGGUAUGUGAUGCUUAUGGAUGGAACUGCCAGAUUUGUGACUGAGGAAUUCUGUGAGAAUGGGUACCUGCUUCACACCAAAGAAGGGACAAUAUGCUGCCAGAGAUGUCAACAAGCUAACCGUAACCAACCCUGUCGCACACUGCGCAAAGAAUGCUAUUGUGAUCAAGGUCGUCGCUGUUUAACAAAAAGUUGUACUUUAUGCACUCCGGUACCAAACUGUCUGAAGGGCCAGCAACUUAAGAGAGAAGUUAAUCCAAACUCCUUAUAUGAGUAUGUUUGUGAAGAAUGUCCAGAAGGAACCUUUUCAGUAGUAGAAAAUGGAAUUUGCAUGCCUGGUGAACCACCCUUCAUUUCGACUGAAUAUAGCAGAGACAUUUUUAAAACUUCUGUACCUGGGAACCAAACAGACGGCAAAGCACUCACUCCUCCAAUCAAUAGAACAGAAUCCAUUUUUAACAACUACCCAACAAUAGUGAUUUGCUCAGCUCUGGCAGUGUUCAUUUUAUUGUUAAUUACUAUCUUCAUUCACCUCCUCAUAGGGAGAAUGAAAGCAAAACCAUCAAAAAUGGCAGGAUUUCCUCUCCCAUCUGAAAUGAUAGUCACUAUGAGCACAAAGGAAGACGCUGAUUCGUGGAGCUGUCAGUAUCCAGAAGAAGAACAUGGAGAUCAUACAACAGAGAAGUGUGACUGUUAGAUCACAAAACCCUCAUCCUGGAACGUCUUAAAGGGGAACCCUGCCUCCCCAUGCUGGAAAUCAGGAUUACCCAGAAAUCGUAGAAAUAGAGAAUUGUGUCUCCCCAAAUUUCUGGACCUUCUCAAAGAGUGCCAGAGGCGAUAUACUGACCAUAGAAGAGGGUUAUCUUGUAGGUCCCGAUCACAAUCCCCCUCCAGACAAUGGAGGAAGUUUGUUAAGUUUUUAGAUUUUAGAAACUGUGUCUCAAGUUGUGUGUUUGCAUACGUGUCUGUGUCAUUUAACCAAUCUCUCAAAAACCUCAAUAAAGACGCUUGGUUAUACAAUAAAAUGUUGGGGAAGUUGAUUCCACCGUUAGAUUUUGGUUGCUGUAAUUUAAGCAUGGCAAUACGAGCUCUUUUGCCUUUCCAAAUAAACUGUCGGAACAAUUUAGUUAUAUGGGAUAUGUCUGAUCUACUAAGCAAUAUUGGGAGGGAUUGUAAAACGUAUAGUAAUCGCGGGAAUGUACACAUUUUUAUCAAUGCUGCUCUCCCUAGAUAUGAGAGCAUUAAAUGAUUCCAACUUUCAAGCUCCUUUGUAAUGAGAGUUAUUGUCGUCUUGACAUUCAGCCUAUACAGUUCCGAGGGAUAUUUCGCAAGGUUAAUGCCUAAAUAUGUUAUGGAUGUGUUAGCCCAUUUUAUAGGGAUUCGUUUCCCCCAUCUCGGGCACUUUAUCCCAUGUUUCAGGUAGAGUCCUAUUGAUUUUGAAAGAUUAACCUGAAAGCCCGAUAUUUGUCCAAAGUUGUCCAAUAAAGCUAAUAUAUUUUGUAAAGAAUCUUUAGGGUUCCCAACAUAAACCAACACAUCAUCUGCGAAUGCCGACAGUUUAAUUUCUUUAUCCCCAAUUGGGAUACCCUUAUAGGUCAUUGUAUUCUGUAGUAUUCGGAAUAGGGGGUCUAUGGAUAAGUUAAAUAAAAGGGGCGACAGGGGGCAUCCCUGUCUUGUACCCCUCCGCAUCGUAAUCCGUGGGCCCCGUUUGCCAUUGACCAGUAAAGAGGUCGUUGGAGCGGUAUAGAGAUAUUUAAUAAUAUUUACAAAAUUCUCUGUAAAUCCUCUGUGAUGCAGUACUGUGAACAGGUGUUGCCAGGACACAGUGUCAAAGGCCUUGUGUGUGUCUAGGCUUAAAAGCAUGUAGUCUGAAUCAGGGGCAUUUCUGGACGCCACCGUCGCCGCAAUGGCUGUCCUAAUUGCCUUAACUGAGUGGCGGCCACGUACAAAUCCGUAUUGGUGCUCCGUCAGCAAAUCUGGGAGGAUUAUUUGUAAUCUAUUUGCCAAUAUUUUUGUGAAAAUUUUAAAGUCGGAGUUUAAAAGGGAGAUGGGUCUAUAGGAAUCCGCUAACAUUGGAUCUUUGUCUGGUUUAAGAAUAAGGGUGGUGUAUGCUUGAGAGAAUGUCGGAUAUACUGGGUGUUCCCUAUAUAUCUUAUUAUAGAGUUCCAAUAGUGUCGGCAGGAGUUCCUGUUGCAUUAGUUUAUAAUAAGACCCAGUAAACCCAUCGGGUCCCGGUGAUUUAUUUGGUUGUAGUGUUUUUAUGACUGCUUUAAUUUCGUCUUCCCGGAUGUCCCCCUCUAAAGCUUCUUUCUGCUCUGUGCUAAGUGUCGGUAAAUUUGCCUGUGUCAACAAAGCCCUCUGCAGGUCUUCCCGUGGGGCGAUAGGAUUAUAUAAUUCUGUAUAAAAUUCACUGAGGUGCGCCAAGAUGUCAGAAGUUUUAGUGUGUGCUAUAUUCCUAGUGUUAUCUUUUAAAGCCGCAAUAAAGGAACGUUUCCUCCUAGCUUUUGACAUAGUGGCCAGCAACUUUCCAGUUUUAUUUCCCCAUUUAUAAUAGUGGAACUUAGUAAAGUCUAGACGCUGUUGUGCCUGGGCCGUUAAGAAGGCAUCCAAUAAUUUCCUAUCCCUUAUAUAUGUCUCCAAAAGUGUCUCAGAGGGGCUAGUUUUGUAGGUGUUAAAGCUUUGUGACAUAGCUGCGUACAGUGCAUGGUAUUGUUUAGUACUUUCUUUGCGUUUUUUAGCUACGUAUCCGAUUAUGUGACCUCGUAGCACCGCCUUCGACGUUUCCCAGAACAGCACCGAGUUGUUCUAAUGCAGGUUUUAAAUAUAUCCAUAGCUCAGCACAAAUGGUUAAAUCAUAGUGCACGAGGUACUAAUUAAGUCACCUGUGGCCAAGCAUGGAUAUACUGUUAAAACCUGGACCGUUAGUGCUCCUUGAGGACUGAGUUUGAGAACCACUGUUGUAAUGGUUUCCAUAUGAUUCCCUCCAUGAUAUCAUUUGGUAGGUCUGGAAAACCACAGAAAACAGGUGCAUCCCACCAUAAAUCAUCUUAUUAAACUAUCAGAAUCAGUAUUCUCUUUAGAAGUUAUGUUUAAUAGAAUGACGUUAACUUUUUGUUUUAUUUGCACUGUUUGGAUAUAUUUCCUAUUCCAGAGAGUGGACAUUAACGCAUUAAUUAGUGCAAUUAUUCCAUCUAUGUACAGUACAGUAUGUGACAUUUUAUGAGUACAGUAUGUAAUAGUAUGCAUUUCCAUUUUUCACCCAAGCAUGUAUAGUUUUUGU